ACCUUAAUUUAUGCAGCAAAAAAGUACCAACGUGGUACUGGCUGCUUCCGACAAGGAAAUUGAAAGUGAAAGGAAGAUUCAGUACAGAUGUAAAGCAGUGAACAGCAAAUGCCUCUCGAUAUGUCCUUUUAGAUUGUUUGUUUCAGUCUUCAUAUGGGACCAUCACCAUGGAAGUCAGUGAAGAUGCUAUCGAGCAGGAGAAAAGUAUCCGCAGGUUGAGGGAGAUGCUUCAUGUGAGUGACAUUCCUGUUCCGACAGCGACAUCUCUGAUGACAAAGUACAACAAUGACUAUGAACUGGUGACUCAAAGAAUCCUAGACCUGAAGGACCUGGAUGAUGAAUCAGAGGGUGAAGCUGAGAACCAGGGAGAGCCUGCUGCAGAGGAUGUGAAUGAAGACAAUGUUGACCAAGUCCUCCAGGACAUUGCAGACCGGUUGAAAGCUCUACCAUUGACUGAGGAUAAUGUGCGAGCGUUUGACUUGGCAAAGAGAAAUGAGAUUCCCUGCAGUCAAAGACAGUUCUCAUGCUUGGAUUGUGAUCGAAGUUGGUGGAGAGAGGUACCAGAGAGGAAACAGGUCUCACGAUGUCGUUACUGCAAAAGAAGAUAUGAUGCGGUGCCCAGAGAUAACGAAUGGGGUCUUGCUAUGUACAUUUGCCAAAACUGCAGUCACUCUUUCAGGGGCUAUGGACAGAUGGGGGUCCCUGCACCAUGCUACAGAUGCCGGAGUAUUGUCUUUCCCAUCCAGAUCAUUCCACCUGAACAGAAUCAGUUCAGACCGGACAACAGGAGUCGGAAUACGCAUGGCUGCUGUGCUGAGGACUGUUGCAACCGACAAGAACCUUAUGUUCCUGGUACACACUGUGUCCAUCCUAGGACACGGCAGAUACGCGGUCUACCCAAGGUAUUGUGUCCCAGCCAGACCCACGAGUCUACGGGCUCCACUGUGGCCAGCUGUGUCAGCCAGAGCUCCUCAAUGGAAUGUGACAUCGAGGAAAUCAUCCAGGAAGAUCUGAGAGCAGUCCCAGAGGGAGAUGAAGACGACGAUGAAGAUGAAUGAAAGCCACAAGCCACAGCUCCUCCACUUGCCUUCAUCUUUACACUGGCAACCACGAUGAGGCUGAGAAUUGGGAAUCGAGGGAUGCUGCCAUUUUGAAUGUUGGAAUGUGGGUGGAGAGGCCUGAAGCUCUACAGGCCAUUAUAAAGCCUGACUUGGUAAUUUGUUACUGAAAGCAUUCUUGCUUCCAAUUGUUUAUCCUUUGCAGGUAUCAUUUCAUUAAACAGUCUGCCAAAUA